AUGAAGUUCUCUGCCACUCUUUGCAGCCUCACCGGGCUUCUCGGCCUGGCCCUGGCCGCCGCACCCAUCAAGAACGAUGGCAUCUCGGCCGACAUCGUUGUCCCCGACAAGUACAUCGUCAAGUACAAGACCGGCACCGAUGCCACUGAGCGAAAGAACCACGAAAACGGAAUCACCAAGAAGGCCAAGAAGAAGAACAAGAAGGGUGUUGUCGACACCAUCGACGUCGGCGGACUCCACGCCUACGUUGUUGAGAUCCCUCCCUCGGAGGUCUCGGACAUUGCCAACUCUAACUUGCCGCUCGACAAGCGUGCCGCUGUCAGCCAGCUCAACGCCCCUUGGGGUCUCGCCCGUAUCUCGCACAAGCUCGGAGGUAACUCUGGCUCCCACGAGUCCAACUACUACUACGACAACACCGCCGGUGCUGGUGUCCGCGUGUAUGUCAUCGACACAGGCAUCCGGACUACCCACACUGAGUUCCAGGGCCGCGCCGUCUGGGGCGCCAACUUCAUCAGCGGCUCGCCCAAUACCGACGAGUACGGCCACGGCACUCACGUCGCCGGUACCGUUGCUGGCAAGACGUUCGGCGUGGCCAAGCGUGCGACUGUCGUGGCUGUCAAGGUGCUUGACAAGACCGGCUCCGGCACUAUGUCUGGUGCCAUCCUGGGCAUUAACUGGGCUGUCAACAACGCCAAGUCACUCGGUAUCGCUAAGAAGGCCGUCAUCAACAUGUCUCUCGGUGGUGCCUACACUGCCUCCGUCAACGCGGCCGUCAAGGCUGCUACCGAUGCUGGUCUCACCGUCGUUGUCUCUGCUGGCAACUCCAACUCCGACAGCUCAUUCUACUCGCCCGCUUCUGCUCCCUCUGCCAUCACUGUUGGUGCUGUUGAGGGUACCAACUACCGCGCUUGGUUCUCCAACUAUGGCUCCUUGGUCGAUAUCUUCGCCCCUGGUGUCAGCACCCUCAGCUCUUACUACCUCAGCGACACUUCUAGCCGGUACUUCGCUGGUACUAGCAUGGCCUCUCCCCAUGUCGCCGGUCUUGCGGCCUACUUUAUCGCCAAGGAGGGUCUCUCUGGCUCCGUUGCCGUCACCAACCGCAUCCUCGGCGCUGCUGUUAUCGGUGUUGUUGCAGACCCGCAGGGUAGCCCGAACCGCAUGGCUUACAACGGCCUUGGGGCUUAA